CCCGCAGAAGGCAAAGCCAGAAGAGACGACGCAGCAGACGCCGCCGCCGUCGUUCACGAGACCCAUUUCGCCACCCACCCGUGCUCUCCCUCCUCUCCUCGUGCUCGUGGUGGGUAGGGGGACUAGGAUACUGCUAGGGUUUUGCGAGCCAUGGCGUGGACCGCCGCCGCAGCCACCGUCACCAGGGCCGCCGCAACGCCGGCCGCGGAGCUCCGCCUGCCGCUCGCCGCCGGCCUCGGCCGCGCCUCCUUCGCCGUCACCGGCCGUCUCCGCCGCGCUGUCUCCGCGUCCCUCUCCACCGCCGCGGCCGCCGUUAAAAAGGAGGCUGUUCAGACAGAGAAGGCCCCGGCAGCAUUAGGCCCGUAUUCUCAGGCCAUCAAAGCCAACAAUAUGGUCUUUGUCUCUGGAGUUCUUGGCCUAAACCCUGAGACUGGAAAGUUUGUAUCUGAAAGCGUGGAGGAGCAAACUGAACAGGUUAUGAAGAAUAUGGGUGAAAUAUUGAAAGCAAGUGGUGCUAGCUACUCUUCAGUUGUCAAGACAACAAUCAUGUUGGCUGAUCUACAAGAUUUCAAGAAAGUGAAUGAGAUCUAUGCCAAAUAUUUUCCAGCUCCUGCACCAGCACGCUCAACUUACCAAGUAGCAGCUCUGCCGCUGAACGCCAGAAUCGAGAUCGAGUGCAUUGCUGCUCUCUAGUUACCUGCUACUGUCUAUCAAUCAAAUUGCCAAUAAGCAUUCUGUGGUGCCGUUCUAGUUGGUCACUAUCCUGGAAGAAUGCACUGCCAUUCUGAACCUGAUCUUGUAGUACCAAUUAAGAUCUUGAACUGCCUGCAAUAAACGUUGAUGCCCAGGAAAAAAGAAGUCCCAUCUGUUGUCCAAGGGUUCCCUUUAAUCUCCAUCAUGAAUUGAUCAUCCCAAUGGCUCACAGUGCUAUGUUGCAGAGGUCUCCUGCUGCAAUAUCUGCAAGAAUUGGUCUUGCCAAGCGUCAUGAGUCUAAUAAAUCAUUAAAAGGUUUAUCAA